AUGAGUAAAGUCGUCUUGGUCACUGGGGUAUCCAGAGGUAUUGGGAGAGCCAUAGUCGACGAACUUUUGAAACCCGGAAAUGAUGCAGUGGUGUAUGGUAUAGCAAGAUCUGAGGAACCAUUGAAAGAGCUUAAGGCAACAUAUCCCGAUACAUUUUCGUAUGUGACUGGUGAUAUUAAUGAUCCUAGCAGCUUAAAAAAACUAGUCCAUGAUGCUGUUAAGGUGCAUGGCAAGAUCGAUAGCGUCAUCGCUAAUGCAGGGGUUUUGGAUCCUGUUCAAGACGUCAAUCACCUCGAUGCCAAUGCAUGGAAGAAGUUGUUUAACGUGAAUUUUUUCAGCAUUGUUUCGUUGGCUUCAAUUGCUAUGCCUCAUCUAUCUAAAGCUCAUGGAAGCUUGAUACUGGUCAGCUCCGGAGCCAGCGUCAAAUCGUACUACGGUUGGGGCGCCUACGGUGCUUCAAAAGCUGCUGUGAAUCAUUUCGCUAUGACCGUGGCCCAGGAAUCUUCUACGGUUAAAGCGAUCGCCGUAGCACCAGGUGUUGUCGAUACCCAGAUGCAAGUGGACAUCAGAGACGUAUUUGGACCAAAUUCAAUGCCCCCAGAGGCCUUGAAACGUUUCACGGACCUAAAGAAAAACAAUGAAUUGCUACAUCCUAGUGUACCUGCAGCAGUUUACGCUCGUCUUGCUCUCAAAGGUAUUCCUAAUACUUUGAAUGGUGUAUACGUGAGAUAUAACGAUGAAAGGCUUUCCUCGUAG